AUGGCUCCAAUUACCAACAAAAAAGCUAAAGCUGCUAAAAAAUUCACUGUUGAUGUUUCAGCUCCAACUGAAAAUGGUGUCUUUGACCCAUCAUCAUACACCAAAUACUUGAAUGACCACAUCAAAGUUGAAGGUGCUGUUGGUAACUUAGGUAACGAUAUCACUGUUGAAGAAAAUGGUACCACCAUCACUGUUGUUUCAACCACCAAAUUCUCAGGUAAAUACUUGAAAUACUUAACAAAAAGAUACUUGAAGAAAAACCAAAUCAGAGACUGGAUCAGAUUUGUUUCUGUUAAACAAGGUGUCUACAAAUUAACUUUCUACUCAGUUGCUGCUGAUGAAGAAGAUGAAGAAUAA